GUGCAAGAUCCUGAUGUACUACCUUUAGCACUAAGUAAUAUCUGCGGUAAAACCUACCUAUUUAAAGUUGCUAUUCAAACUUUGAAUAUAGUCUUCAACAGUCCUACUUACAAAGUGAUCAAGAUUGUUACUCAAAGUGAAAUGGUUAAAGAGUUCUCUGAAAUCUUUGCAUCUCAGCAAACUCCAAAAAUGAAAUCAAUAACUCGGCAUGUCAUGCCUAUUCUGCCUCUUGACGAUAAU